AUGCCAUCGCUACGCCAUAUCCUCCAUAAACACGAUGACAUGAAUAACAUGCCAGAGACAUCCUCUGUCCCAUAUCCCACAUCACCACCACCUCCCGAAAUCAGAUUCCUCCGUACCGAUACCUUGGACGAAGAAGAGAUCGCUCCCCCGUCACAUCCGCAAUAUGAAGACGAACGCAUGCGUCCAAUCGACUCUUCCCUCGCCAAUCGACCUCCCCUCGCCGCAGCUUCCAAUUAUUUACCCGUUCCCGCUCAGAUUCCCAGUCCAGCAACCCCAACUCCCCACCGGCGCGGCAGCCGUAGCGCCUCGCGCGAGUCGUCGCAGAAUAUUCCCGACGACCUGCCCCAGAUUGAAGAUAGCCAGACUGGCGAUAAGCAGGAGCGCGAGGCGCAGUGGGAGCAAAGAGCGACUGUUCUCGCACAGCAUCCGCCACAGCUCGGGAGCCCCCUAGCAUCCCCGCGAUUGCCUGACAAGGAUGGCUCGUGUGCUGGGUUCCCGGGGAGUCGGUCGAGGAGCUCGAGUCGGAGUAACGUGGGUGAUGCGCAGGAUGAUAUUAAUAUCCAAGAGGCAAUCCGAUUGCAUGAGUCGGGGGAUCUCGAGCGGUCAACAGAGAUGUUCGGCCAGCUUGCGGAUCCGAAUGGACUGAACAAUCCUCUCAGCCAGGUUCUAUACGGCCUGGCUUUACGGCAUGGUUGGGGCUGUACGAAAGACGAAGCACGGGCCAUUACCUAUCUGUCCGCGGCGGCAGCGAACUCGGCCGCCGUAGAGUCUGAGGCUCUACGCGCUGGAAUCAAGAAAGGAGGCGCUGCAAAGGGGGAGCUAGUUCUUGCGAUUUUCGAGCUGGCAAAUUGCUUCCGCAAUGGCUGGGGCGUCGCAAAGGAUCCCGCUGCCGCGCGUCAAUAUUAUGAGACUGCCGCCAACCUGGGCGACAUGGAUGCAAUGAAUGAGGUUGCCUGGUGCUAUCUUGAAGGAUUUGGCGGGAAAAAAGAUAAGUUCAAAGCAGCCAAGUACUAUCGACUCGCGGAGGAGAGUGGAGGGCCUACUGUUGGGAUGUCAUGGAUCUGGAAGGAGAAGUACAAUCCCAAAUAG